AUGGUGUCGGAGUCGCUUCGGUGGCUGAAACCGUGCAAAAUCAUAUGUCGUCGUACGUGCAAGGCGGUUUGGCGACGACCUGUGGUGAAAGCUAAGCUCGCCGAGGCAGGGCUGCUUAGUUUGGGGAAAAGUCUUUUUGCCACUCCAGCAUAUUCACUGCCUCAGUACCCUGUACACUGGGCCCUGCCGUCUCAGGCGUCGGACUUUAUGGCGACCGGUGAGAGGCCAUCAAAUCUCAGGUUGUUCAGGACGUCUUUGAUUCUGGACCAAGGCGACACACGCACGACUCGCCGUAGAGACUGUCUCAGACUGUGUACUUACAACGCGAGAACAGUUUCCGCUGACCUGCAUGCCCUUUUCGGAGCUGCAGAGCGUAUCAAAUUUCACGUGAUUGCUCUGCAGGAGACCAAGUGCAGUAGGAGCGACGUACGACAGAUGAAUGACGGUACACUCGUCAUUCGUGGAGAGAAGGUUCCGUCGCGAAAUGUAGGCGGUGUUGGUUUUGUUGUGCACCCAUCUAUCGUCCAUCUCGUCGGUUCUCACGAGAUCCUAUCACCUCGUCUGGCCAUUCUUCGCCUCCGCCCUCUGCGCCAAAAAUCCAUCAGUGUCAUCAACUGCUACUCACCAACAUCAGCAGCUGAUGAAUCCGAAUUGGACGCUUUCAACAAGGAGCUGGAGGAAGUGAUCCGCAACGAGAAGUCCUUCUACGAAUUCGUUGUCGGAGACUUCAACGCAAAACUAGGAAAGGCCACAGAAGAGGAAUACAGGAUCGGAAGAUUUGUACUAUGGAACCGGAAUGAAAAUGGCAAUCGUCGGCCGGACUGUUGUCCGCCACUGGCGUCUUUCAUAGGAACUCUCGUUUCAUGA